UGCAUAACAUGGUGUCAGAAGUAAACUGAACCAAUUGUUCAACAUGGCGAGUGAUCUUCAUCCACCGACAUCCUUCUCCUUUGAUGGCGAUCUGCCUUCAAAGUGGGCUCUUUGGAAAAAGCAAUUCGAGUGGUAUCUUAAGGCCACGAAGAAAAACAAGGAAGACGAAGACGUUCAGGUCGGCGUGCUGAUCACGUUGCUUGGCCAUGAGGGCUUACGCAUUUACGAGACCUUCACUUGGACAACGCCUGGUGAUGAGUCUAAGAUUGUGCCAGUGUUAGCUAAGUUUGAUGCUCAUUUCCAGCCGAGAAAGAGCCAAACAUUUGAACGAUACAAGUUUUUAACUCGCCACCAGCGUGAUGGUGAGUCGUGCGAAACCUUCUUGUUGGAACUUCAGUCUCUGAUAGCUACCUGUGAAUACGACGCCCAGCGUGACUCCAUUCUGCGUGACCAGAUCGUUAUUGGCGUAGCCGACAACAAAACGCGUGAAAAGUUGUUGUUUGAUCCCCAGCUUACUUUGGCCAAAGCAAUUGACACAUUACGUGCCUGUGAAACGUCUUCGUUGAUCGCUGAACAGAUGUCAGCUGAAGCAGUCAAUAGGCUAACCUUGGACAAAUUCAAAUCGGGAAAACCAGUUCUUGGCAAGUCUGGUCAGGGCGGUGGUCGUCGUAGUUCAACAGAAGUCAACAAGCCUGAACAGGACGACAAAUUCAGACCUUCCAGAACUCCCACACUGGUGACAAGUUGCAAGUGGUGUGGGGGCAGUCAUGUUAAAGGCCGGUGCCCGGCUUUUGGUAAACAGUGCUCUAAGUGUGGCAAGUCAAAUCAUUUUGAAAAAGUUUGUAACUCUGAAAACGUUGCCAGUCUCGACGAGUAUGUGAUCAAUUCGCUGAGUGGUCAACAGCAAUCACAGUGGAGCGUUGAUUUACUCAUGGCUGGUUAUACGGUGCCUUUCAAGGUUGACACUGGAGCGUCUUGUAACGUAAUUCCGUUGUCCUGCUUCAACAAAUUAGGACACACGAAGAAGCUCUUGCCUGGUCCUCGAGUUCGCACCUACAAUGGACAGUCCCUGCAUGUGCUGGGACAACUGGAUGUUACUGUUUUUUUCAACAGCAAGCGGUUCCAGAUUCGUGUAGUCGUGAUCAAGGAAGACAAUGUCCCUAUUCUGGGGCUGCCCAGUUGUUGUGAACUGGGUCUAGUUCAUGUGCCACAGAAGCAGGUCAACGAAAUCGUUGUGGACUCGCCGUCGACCAAUUUGCCGCCUGCGUUCCAAAAUUACAAAGGUGUGUUCAUUGGCAUCGGUAAAUUGUCCAUCGAACACGAGAUCAAGUUGAAAGACAAUUGUGUCCCAGUUGUGCGUCCUCCCCGCCGAAUUCCGUUCAAGAUUCGUGAUUUGGUGAAAAAGAAGUUGGACGACAUGGAACAGCUAAAGUUGAUUUGUAAAGUGACUGAGCCUACUGAGUGGGUAAACCCAAUGCUGGCUGUUCAAAAAGCGGGUGGUGACGUACGCAUCUGUCUCGACCCGUUGGAUCUUAACAAAGUGAUAAAGCGCCAACACUAUCCGGUGCCUACGGCACAGGAAUUAUUUGCCCGAAUUGGAAAGGCAAAGUUUUUCUCAACGCUCGACGCAACGUCGGGGUUUCUGCAAAUUCCCCUGUCGGAAGAGUCCAGUUUUGUUACGACCUUCGCCACUCCAUUUGGACGAUAUCGUUUUCUUCGUCUACCAUUCGGUAUUUGCUCAGCCCCAGAGGUUUAUCAGCAGGCGAUGAUACAGUUGUUUGGAGACCUCAGCGGUGUGGAGAUCUACUUUGACGAUUUCUUCGUUUGGGGCGAAACACGAGAAGAACACGAUGACCGUUUGAAAGCCGUGUUUGACAGGUGUGCACAAGUCAAUUUGAAAUUGAAUGCCACCAAGUGUAAGUUUUUGCAGUCGGAACUUCCCUGGAUCGGACACAUCAUCUCCUACCAACAGUUGAAGCCGGAUCCCGAUAAAAUUGAAGCCAUCCGUGCGUUUCCAGAGCCUGCUUCGAAGGAAGAUCUCCAGCGACUGUUGGGUAUGGUAAAUUAUUUGGCAAAGUUUUGUGAGCAUUUAUCGUCGAUCACCAAACCGUUGCGAGAUCUGCUCAAACAUGAUGUUGAGUGGGUUUGGGACGCAGCGAGCACGAAAACGUUCCAGGCCGUCAAGGAUUUGGUAAUUUCGGCACCCACCCUGAAGCUUUUUGUUCCGGCUGCUCCAGUGACUGUGUCGGUGGAUGCCUCUCCUUUUGGACUUGGGGCGGUCUUGCUGCAAGAUGGCCAGCCAGUAGAGUUUGCGUCUCGAACACUGACCGAGACUCAGCGCAGGUAUGCGCAAAUUGAAAAGGAGCUUCUGGCCGUGCAGUUUGGAAUGCAGCAUUUCCAUCAUUAUGUUUAUGGGAGUCACGUUUUAGUAGAAACCGACCACAAGCCCCUCAUUGGUCUGGUUGACAAGCCCAUUGGCUUAUGCACUCCUCGGAUUCAGCGAAUGCGCCUUCAGCUCCAAGGGUACAGCUACCAGUUGUGCUACAAGCCGGGUAAGGAAUUGUACCUUGCUGACACCUUAAGCAGAGCGCCGGACCCUCGAGAAUAUUCAGGUGAUCAGUCUCAGUGUCAUGAUGAACAUGUCCACGCUGUCCUCAGUUAUGUCAUCCCGGGUCCAACGAUUCAAGAAAAGUACGCUCGAGCCACGGAAGCUGAUUCGACCCUGCAGUUGAUCGUCGGACUCGUUAAUAACGGCUGGCCUAAGCACAAGCGUGAUUGUCCGGUUCCGGCGAAGCCGUAUUGGUCUGAACGGGCAAAUUUGUCGACGGCCCGUGGCUUACUUCUUCAGGGGCAGCAAGUGGUUGUGCCAUACAGCCUUCAACGUGAAAUUCUAGCUAACGUCCAUGACGGACACUUCGGUGAAACCAAGUCCUUGGAAAGAGCAAAAUCCGCCGUCUUCUGGCCGGGAUACGUGGAGCAGAUUCGCAACCUUGUCGCUGGAUGCAGUAUUUGUCAGGAAAGAAGAAACCACAAUUCGGCACAGCAGUAUUAUCCGGCAGAAGUCCCGGAACACCCUUUUCAAAAAUUAGCAACGGAUUUCUUCCAGCUUGCUGGAAAACAUUAUCUUUUAACAGUCGAUUAUUUUAGCAAGUGGCCGUGUGUGGUUGAAAUGUCGUCGACUACCAGCUCUGUCACCAUUCGAGAGUUGGAGAAAAUUUUCUCUGAUUUCGGCGUCCCGGAAACUCUAGUGUCUGAUAACGGGCCACAGUUUGGCAGUGCCGAGUUUCGCGAGUUUUCCCGCCAGCAGCAGUUCUCCCAUGUCACGUCUAGCCCGUUCUAUCCUGAAUCCAACGGCUUCGUUGAACGGUCGGUUCAGACCGUCAAGUCUUCGUUUAUAAAAGCCAUUGAGAGCGGCCGCUCUCUUCAAGCCGCAGUCCGUGCUAUUCGCUCCACUCCAGUUGGUGGUGGCCUCCCGUCUCCGUCCGUCCUGCUUCAGUCUCGUCAUUUGAGGGGUAGUCUGCCUUUUGUGCCAGCCGCACUCAAGCAUCAGCGUAUCAACAGUGAUGCAGUAGAGGAACUUUUAAGACGCCGACAGGAUAAAAUGCUGUUUCAUCAGUCGUCCGCCGUUUCCAAACGGUAUCCGGUUUUGUCAGUUGGCCAACGUGUUCGUGUUCGCGUCGGAAAAAAAUGGAUUCCUGGUGUAGUGAAGAUAGUGUGUCAACAGCCGGAUUCCUACGUCGUCAGCACCAGUGAUGGAAGUGAGUUUCGCCGGAAUCGCAGGGCGAUCAACGUUUGCCGUAGUCAGCAAAGCGAAGGUCCAGCAACUCCUCCCACAGUCAACCAGCGGGCCCCUGCAGCAGGGCCCAGCAGAAGACCAAGAGUUUCGUUCAUAUUUCCGUCCUUCUCCCUGUCUAAUUCAGCUGCUAAUUCAGCAGUAUCCGUUCGCGCUCCGAUGAUGGUUCCAGUUCCCGGCCCGGCGACAAGCAACGUGGUGGCACCCGUCUUGUCUUUACCGCCAACUCGCCCAGCGGUGUCUGCGCAUGCUGAGCCGAUCCGUCAGGCCAUUUCUCCCGGCAUUACCAGGGAAUCACGCAAGCCUAGAGAGUGGCCGCCACGCUCACGCUCGAGCGCGAGGUUGGCCGCGAAGAACAGGCGGAGUGUUUCGCACAGCCCAGCCAGGUCGACGGCAAGUAAUCCGACUUCAACGCUCGAUCCUGCCCAGCUAGCAAUGGUUCCUCCUUCGGAAGUUCCCGGCAGUCCCCUGGACCCUGUUCAAGAUUGUCAAGAGGCGGCGGUUCCAGCUAACUACGACUAA